UUUAGGAAUUAUCGUUACCGGACCGGUAGUUCACUAACCGGAACCAAUGACAUACGACUACCUACUAAACGUGCUGCACCGAGCCGAACAUUCUGAACACGUUUUAACAUCCGGUUAAUUUGGACUCGUAGCAGUAAUGGCAGCGUUUUCAGAAAUGGGGGUUAUGCCUGAAAUCGCGCAGGCUGUGGAAGAGCUGGAGUGGCUGCUACCUACUGACAUCCAGGCAGAGUCUAUUCCCCUCAUUCUUGGUGGAGGAGAUGUACUUAUGGCAGCAGAAACUGGUAGUGGCAAAACAGGAGCCUUCAGUAUCCCAGUGAUCCAGAUUGUGUAUGAGACCCUGAAGGAUCAGCAGGAGGGCAAGAGGGGCAGAGCUUCCAUCAAGACUGGAGGAGCUAUUUUCAACAGUUGGCAGAUGAAUCCUUAUGACCGCAGCACAGCCUUUGCAAUUGGUCCAGAUGGACUGUGCUGCCAGAGCAGGGAGUUUAAAGAGUGGCAUGGCUGUCGCUCUACAAAAGGGGUUACCAAAGGGAAGUACUACUAUGAAGUGACCUGCCAUGACCAGGGUCUGUGUCGCAUUGGCUGGUCCACCAGUCAGGCAGCCCUGGACUUGGGAACUGAUAAGUAUGGUUUUGGUUUUGGUGGGACUGGAAAGAAAUCCAACAACAAGCAGUUUGACAGCUAUGGAGAGGAGUUUACCAUGCACGACACUGUCGGAUGCUACUUGGAUCUAGACAAGGGCCAAAUAUCCUUCUCUAAAAAUGGUAAUGACCUGGGUUUGGCUUUUGAGAUCCCUCAACAUGUGAAGAAUCAGCCCUUCUUUGCCUCCUGUGUGCUCAAGAAUGCAGAGUUGAAGUUCAACUUUGGAGGAGAAGACUUUAAAAAUGCCCCUAAGAGUGGGUUUGUUGCCCUGAACCAGGCGCCAGAGGGCCACACAGUCAAAUCUUCUCAGGCAGGCACUGCCAAAGUGAGUCAGGUGAAAGCAUCAUCCAACGCGCCCAAAGCCCUGAUCAUCGAGCCUUCUAAAGAAUUGGCCGAACAAACUCUCAACAAUGUGAAGCAAUGUGCAAAAUAUGUUGAUAACCCCAAACUCAGAGAGCUGUUGGUGAUUGGUGGUGUGGCUGCCAAAGACCAGCUGGCUGCUCUGGAACAGGGGAUCGACAUUGUGGUGGGAACACCCGGCAGACUGGACGACCUCAUAUCCACUGGGAAGCUCAGUCUGGCCCAAGUCCGCUUUCUUGUCCUGGAUGAGUGUGACGGCCUACUGUCCGCAGGCUAUACAGACUUUAUCAACAGGAUCCACAACCAAAUCCCUCAGGUCACUUCUGAUGGCAAGAGACUGCAGGUGAUUGUGUGUUCAGCCACUCUGCAUUCGUUUGAUGUAAAGAAGCUGUCUGAGCGUAUCAUGCACUUUCCCACUUGGGUGGACCUGAAGGGCGAGGACUCUGUCCCUGAGACUGUCCACCACGUGGUAGUUCCUGUCAAUCCUAAAACCGAUCGCCUCUGGGAGCGCCUUGGCAAGAACCACAUCCGGACUGAUGAAGUCCAUGCCAAAGAUAACACCAGACCAGGAGCCAAUUCUGCAGAAAUGUGGUCAGAAGCCAUCAAGGUGCUGAAGGGCGAGUACACAGUGAGGGCCAUCAAAGAACACAAGAUGGACCAGGCCAUAGUCUUCUGUCGCACCAAGAUUGACUGUGACAACUUGGAACAAUACUUCAUUCAGCAAGGAGGAGGUCCGGACAGUAAAGGCCACCAGCUUUCCUGCGUCUGUCUCCAUGGUGAUCGUAAGCCCAACGAGCGAAAAAUUAACUUGGAGCGCUUUAAGAGAAAAGAAGUAAAGCUCUUGGUCUGCACAGACGUAGCUGCCAGAGGAAUUGACGUCCACGGAGUUCCUUAUGUGAUUAACGUCACCCUGCCAGAUAAAGAAUAACUAUUCCCGGAGGGAUUUUACAAUAAAUUAGAAUAUUUAAUACAGCUAAAAUCAUCACCUUUCCUUUCAACUUGCAGAAUGGGACUGGCCAUCUCCUUGGUUGCUAUGGAGAAGGAGAAGGUGUGGUACCAUGUUUGCCCGAACCGAGGCAGAGGCUGCUACAACACCCGGCUGAAGGAGGAUGGAGGUUGCACCAUCUGGUACAACGAGAAAGAGCUCCUGUCAGAUAUUGAGGAGCAUCUAAAGUGCACAAUCACCCAGUGUGAGCCAGACAUCAAAGUACCUGUGGAUGAUUUUGACGGAAAGGUCAGCUAUGGUCAGCGCAGAGCAUUGGGAGGUGGUAACUACAAGGGUCACGUGGAUAUUCUGGCCCCGACGGUCCAGGAGCUGGCUAACCUCGAGAGAGAAGCCCAAUCUUCCUUCCUUCACCUGGGAUACAUGCCAAACCAGCUUUUCAGAGCCUUCUAAACACACCCCAACUAGCACAACACUGUAGGCGGCACUGAAUGGAGCAGGUCCACAUGGGUUAAGAUGCAACCAAUAGGAUAGUACGAAGUCUUUAGCAACCAAGCAACAUUGUGCUUUUAUUUUUCCAACAUAUAAACAUAACUUGGAAAUGAUUUACAUUUAAUGUAUACUACAAGGUGGCAAAAUGCAUUUCACUGCUAAUGACAAACUUCUCUACAGUCCACGGGAUAAAGUUCAGAUUUAGUGCUUUGGAAGAUUGUAAGCAUUUACUAUGCAGAACUCCUUGGCCUUCACUACACUGCUUGAAAGAAUAGUAUGGAAUGGAAUGGAAUCCUUGACAUGUAUUGCAAAACCUAAUUUGUUGGAUUUUUGUGUUUUCUGAUUGAUACGGUUUAAUAAAAUAUUUAAGUUUAAGAGUAAUUGGCUAAAAAGUCUAUGUAAUUAAGUGGCUGUUUUCUUUCCUGAAAUAAAUUCAUAGCCUGCUCA